GAGCGAGGCGUCAGUUAUGAUGGUAUUUCUCAUCACAAUUGAUAGGUUCAUCGCAGUAAAAUAUCCCUUCUCAAAACUACGGUUCAGCGUAAAGACCGCUUCCAUCCUAUCUUGUGUAGCCUGGGUGUUUUCACUUCUUCUGUCCUUGAUUCCAUUGCUUCCUGUUCCGGGUUUUGAAUAUUUUUACGCUCAAUCUGGAAUCUGCAUUUCUCUCCCCCUAUCUGUAGUAAGGAGGUCAGGCUGGGAAUAUUCCAUGGUUAUAUUCGUUGGCCUUAAUUUCCUUCUGUUCCUUGGAAUUCUGGUCGGGCAAAUUAGCGUCUUUGUAGAAGUUCUGCGAUCGGGGAGAAAUGUGAGAUCCAGUAGAUCGAUGCAAAGGGAGAAAGCUCUGGCUGUGACAGUGCUCAGUGUUGUACUGACCGACAUUUUAUGCUGGAUCCCAAUAGGAACAAUUGGCAUGUUGACCUUCUUUGGUGUGUCAAUCGCCUCGGACGUGUACGCCUGGAUCCUUGUGGUGGUUUUACCAAUCAACUCCGCCCUCAAUCCACUGCUCUACACCUUAACAACAGUUAUCAGAAGAAUGAGAAGGCGGGAGUCAGAUAUAGUAUCCCAGCUAAAGCAACAACUGACAUAUUGGAAGACAAAACACGGUUAUCCGUCAGAUGCCACCGUGCCGGAAAUACAAGAAAGAAAUCUCCCCCAGGACUGUCCUCAGAAUCCAGGGAUAAUGAACACGUGACUCUCGACUAACUCGAGAUCUCCUUUCUGUCGAUGUCCUAUUUGGCACUAUCAAUAUCAAAAUCGUAAAGCUGAUUUAUACAUUCAUUUGUAUAUAUGAUCACACAAUCCAUAGAAAAUUUGUGUUUAAAGGAAUUCAU